AAAAAGGGGAAAAAAAGGAGGGGAAAAAAAGAGGAAAAAAAAGCUCAACCCCGGGAGGCGGUGAGGUGCUGCCCGGCACCAUGAAGGCUGAGCCCGCGGCAGCCGCGAUCGCCUGCCUGUGCCUGUGCCUGGGGCUGUGCCUGGCCGCCCAGGGGCUCGGAAAGGGUUUUGGAGAUCAUAUUCAUUGGAGAACGCUAGAAGAUGGGAAGAAAGAGGCAGCAGCCAGUGGUUUGCCUCUCAUGGUUAUCAUCCACAAGUCCUGGUGUGGAGCUUGCAAAGCUCUAAAGCCAAAAUUUGCUGAAUCCAAGGAGAUCUCUGAACUUGCCCACAAUUUUGUUAUGGUCAACCUCGAGGAUGAUGAAGAGCCAAAGGAUGAAGCCUUUAGUCCUGAUGGAGGUUACAUUCCCAGAAUCCUUUUCAUGGACCCCAGUGGAAAAGUCCACCCAGAGAUCAUAAAUGAGAAAGGAAACCCCAGCUACAAGUAUUUCUAUACCAAUGCUGAUCAAGUUGUCCAAGGGAUGAAGGAGGCCCAGGAGAAGCUAACAGGUGAUGCUUUCAAACAAAAACACCUGGGAGAUGAACUAUAAUGGAUACACUGAAUGAUGCUUUUCCAUCACUUCAAAACUCUAAAAGGAAAUGAUUAAACAGACCAAGAAUGUAGAUGUGCUAGAGGGAUGUAAUUCUCCAGUCAACAAUGUUAGGUUAAACCCUCUUUGGAGUUCACACACAUUCAUCAAUUACAGUGUUAUCUCCUCCUCUGCCUGGCAGUUUGUACCUUAAUGGUUAUUUGCAACUAGGUAAUGUGCAAACACAUCAGUUUUUGUAUUUGAGCAACCACUAACAUUUGUUUUUAAAAGGGAGGUACAUAGGACAAAUCGUUGCUUUGAGGACAAAUAGUGUGAUUGGAAUAACUAGAAGUAGCCAGCAUUUUGAUGAUUAAUCGGGGUUGGAUCUCUCUUUCCUCACUGGUAUUAUGUGAUCCCAUUGUUUUUACUGGGGAUCCCUAUGAAUGGGGCAUGUUCCUGGGCCAGGCAUUUUCUAGACAUCCCAAAACAUUAAUUCUGCCACUAAGCCAAGUAGUUAAAUUUCAUGAAUGUCCAAGUAGCAUGUGAAAUUACUUGCUCUGCAAACAUAUUUUUGUGUAAAACUGUGUGUGAUUCAUCUUUAUUCGCCUUUGGGCAGAAAUCUAACUUCUUCCUUGUGCACUCACCUUUUGAUUGUUCUAUCAAGUGAGGGUGGGUUAUGUUGAAGCUUUACGGGGUUUCCCCUUUUAUUCUUUGAAUGUUUUUUGGUGAAUGCCUUGUCAUCACAUUGUACUGUAUUUUUGUACCAGGGUGAAAAAUUAAAACUUUUUAAACAUAAGCAUGCAGACAGUGUUUUGUGGUAAAGGGCAUAGCUUUCCAUUCUUAAGGAUGGGGGAAUAUAUUUUUGUUUAUGUUGCAGUGGUUAUUACUGUUGAAUGUCACAGCUGAAGAAGGUUUCUCCUUUUUAUAAUUAAAACACAACAGUUGUUUUUCCAUGUAAUUACAAUUCAGCCAUUCCUAUGAUGCCUAUACUCUUGGGGGCACAGUGAUACCUAGUGUUUGUCUACUGGAACUGAAGAUUGGAGAGGAGGGGAAAAAAGGUCUCUCUUGAUCUGCUGGUAACACUUUUUCCACCGCAGCCCAGGAUGCUGUUGGCUGCCUUUGCCACGAGGGCGCAUUGCUGGCUCACAGUCAGCUUGUUCUCUACCCGGACUCCCACAUCCUCUGCAAAGCUGCUUUCCAGGCUUUCCGCUCCCAGCCUGUACUGGUGCAAAGGUUGUUUCUCCCCAGGUGAAGAACUUUGCAUUUCCCUUUCUUGAACUGCCUGACAGCCCUCUCUGCCCAUUCCUCCAUCCUGUUGAGGUCCUUCUGAAUGGCAGCACAGCCAUCUGGUUAUCACUUGCUCUCCCCAGUUUUGUGUCAUCUGCCCGUGUGCUGAGAGUGGACUGUGUCCAUUCAUCUAGGUUGUUAAUGGAAGAUGUUACAAGAUCAACCCCAGGGUACUUCCCUAGGGACCUGCCCCUUUCAGCCCAGCAGCUCUGUCAGUGUUCCAUCACCUCACUGCCCAUUUAGUUAGGUUGUACUUCAUCACUCUGUCUAUGAGGAUGCUGUGGGAGAGGGCCAGUGUCAAAAGCCUUACUAAAGCCAAAGUAACACCUACUGCUUGCCCCCCACCCACCAGUCACCUAAAGGAAAAAGUCCUGCCCAAAAGGCACUUGCCAUAACUUCCCAUAAUAAACAGAGAGAGAAUUUUCUACAGAUAAUUUCUGAAGAGCUAUCUGAGGACAUUAGUUGGGGAAAAAAUGUUAUAUACAAUAAACUUGUCUACUGAGUCCAUUUUUACUCCUCAGUAGUAGUAUGAAUUUUACUCUCCCAACUGAUCUAAGGGAUUUUAGAUGUCAAGACUCAAUUGGGCAUAAAAAGACAAGAACUCAAUGGAAAUAAUGGAAUUAUUGCACAUUACAAUUACCCUGUUUAGCUACUAAAAGUUAUUCUACAGGUUUUAUCCCCCGCUUCUCUUGAAAAUUGUCUAAUAAAUUAACCAUGAAAUUGAACUUGGCAACUAUUCUCAAGUUGUAUCAGCCUUCAAAGUACAUAAGUCUAUGUAAGUCCUGAAAAUGGGUUUGUGUUUUGCAAAAUUGUCUU